UGGUAACUAAUGACGAGACGCUGAUAUCGAGUAGAACAAGAUCCAUUACUCGACGCGGUGAAGGAAUUAUCCAAAACAUGUCUCACACGAUCCUGUUGGUCCAGCCCACCAAGAGGCCAGAGGGACGGACGUAUGCUGAUUAUGAAUCAGUCAACGAGUGCAUGGAAGGUGUGUGUAAGAUGUACGAGGAACACCUAAAGAGAAUGAAUCCAAACAGUCCAUCCAUCACCUAUGACAUCAGUCAACUGUUUGACUUCAUUGAUGACCUGGCUGACCUCAGCUGCUUGGUGUACCGUGCGGACACACAGACGUACCAGCCGUACAACAAGGACUGGAUCAAGGAGAAGAUUUACGUGCUGCUGCGACGCCAGGCCCAACAGGCUGGAAAAUGAGACUACAGUCCUUUAGUUCCAGGCUGCACUGCACUGCAGACUGUCAGCUAACCACAUCAUACAAUACAGCAAUCUGAUGACAACUGCGUAGUCAAUGACAUUGGUUGAUGCAGUGCAACGUCUGCAAUGUAGUCUGCCUGGAACGCGACCAAUCUAUGACGGAAGAGGUCAGGGUGGGUGGGGGUGGGGCGUUUGAUAGGAACAGAGAAGGGUUGAAUUAUGUUAUUAUGAGUCCUGAAUAUUAUGCUAUCUUAUAAGUUGUCUCAGUGAGAACUUUUCUAUUAGGAUGGGGUGAAGUGUUUUUUUUUUAUUUUAUUUUGAAAUGUUUGUAUUUAAAAUUGUUUCUCCUUUAUGAAGAUGUCUUUACUUAAAUAAAUAAAAAAUUCAAAAAGCAA